CUCUCUUUCCUUCCACCUCCACCUCCAUUUCCAUUUUCAGUUUAACUGUCUCAGUGAAUCCUGUGAUUUCAUUUCACUGUUUCUUUCCCCAACUCUCUUUCUUCUUAUAUGAAAUGAUGAAAGUUCUUGUCUUUUUUUCAUUUUAUAUAUAAAUGCACGCUCCAGCCUGUCUCAGAAUUUAAUAUUUGAAAAGAUUUGCAUAGAAAUAAGGGAAUCAUAGUGAUAAACAAUAAAGAGGUAAAAUUGUCUCUGUUUCAUCACAAUUUUGUUUGUACUUGUCCAUCUUUGUUGGGCUUCCUUAAAGUUUUCAUCUUGUUCAUCAUUUAUCAAUCUCCUCAAAGUUAUCUUCUUGUUUUUUAGUGGAGAAUCUAAAAUUAUUCCCUUUCAAGCGGGCUGUUGGUUGAUCGAUCUAGAGUUUAUAUCUGAAGAAGAAGGGGUUCGGUUGCAUAGCUUGGGUAAGCUAGGGUUUAGUCCACGAUCAUGGCAGUUGUGGAGAAUGGGUCUCAAGUUAAGGCGGUCAAUAACGGCGCCGGUGAUCAGGAUCGGCAAAAGAACGAGGGCAGCAUUAACAAUCAGGUGGUUGAGUCGGAUGGUGUGUACGUGAAGGCCUGUCAGUUUCAGGGGCACUUCAGCAACAACCAUGUUGUCAGCUCUACAGCCGGCGAUGAUGGUCAUGAAUCAGCUAAGAAUUGCUGUGGCGGAGACGUGACGGUGAAAGGUGAUGGAGAGGAGGCUUUUAAGAGUGAGAUGAGGGAGCUGGAGGAAAUGUUCUCUAAGCUGAAUCCCAUGGCUCAGGAAUUUGUUCCUCUUUCUCUGGCUAAGAACGGUAGCCUGUUUCUCAACACUACCAAUUCUGGGAGACGGAAAAAUACCUAUAGUCCGGGGAAGAGAAGGAUGAACGCCAGGACAAGCCUGGCCCAGAGAGAAGAUGUUAUCAGGAGGACUGUUUAUGUGUCCGACAUUGAUCAUCAGAUUACGGAGGAGCAGCUUGCGGCCUUGUUUCUUACCUGUGGUCAGGUUGUUGACUGCCGUGUAUGCGGCGAUCCGAAGUCCAUUCUUCGCUUUGCUUUUGUAGAGUUCACCGAUGAGGAGGGAGCACAGGCUGCUUUAAGUCUUUCAGGGACUGUGCUUGGAUACUACCCUCUGAGGGUGCUGCCUUCCAAAACUGCAAUUGCUCCUGUUAACCCCACGUUUUUACCCAGGAAUGAGGAUGAAAGAGAAAUGUGCGCAAGAACAGUUUAUUGUACAAAUAUAGACAAGAAGGUUUCUCAAGCAGAUGUUAAACUUUUUUUCGAAACAAUUUGUGGAGAGGUUUAUCGCCUGCGGCUGCUCGGAGACUAUCAGCAUUCCACUCGUAUUGCCUUUGUUGAAUUCACAAUGGCUGAGAGUGCAAUUGCUGCUCUCAACUGUAGUGGUGUGGUUUUGGGCUCACUACCUAUCAGGGUAAGCCCAUCAAAGACUCCAGUCCGCCCCCGUUUUCCUCGUCCGCCUGUGCAUGGAAUCAGCAUUGCUACCUCAGACUGUGGGUCACCUCCAUUCAUCUCAACUGCGGCAGCUCCUGUAAAGAACUUUUCAUAGUUACAUUUCUACAGUUGUUUUGCCGUCUGUCCAGUCAUGGAUAUCUCUUACCCUUACUAGUCUUCUUCUGUUCAUGGAUGGAACUCUCAUUCAGGCCGUUGCGUAAACAGCAUUAUGGUUUCGAUUUCUUUGCUCCUGCGUAUGUCAUAGUUUUUCUCUUUUGUUGCAUUUCUGCUCUUCCGGGGUGAUGUUUCAGACAUUAUAAGUUAUAACUGUCCAUUUAGCUCGCUGUCUUUUGAUCAUUCAAUAGUGACAGUUCCACUUUUAGUCCUCCAUUUGUAUUUUCUUCCUCUUUUAGGAUCUCCUUUUUAUAGGCGUUUAGAAUUUGUUCUGAAGUAACCAGGACAUUCUUUGUAAAUUUAUAAUAAAAUUUACUAGAUCUAUCAUGUUAUAUUCGUCUCAUUUAA